AUGGCAUUGACUCUCCAAACCGCAAUCAACGGCCCGGCCAACUCGCCCGCCGUCAUCAUCCCGUCCAAGCCAACCGCCCUGACGGCAACCUACGGCGACCUCGUCCGCGAGACCGCAAACUUUCAGGGCAAGCUCGCAGCCAUCGGCAUCACCACCGCCUCCCCCGUUUCCAUCGCCACCGUCAACUCGUAUGAGUUCAUCGUCUCGUUCCUGGCCGCCUCAUGGCAGCGCGGCAUCGCCGCCCCGCUGAACCCGGCCUACAAGCAGGACGAGUUCGAGUUCUACAUCGAGGAUGUCAAGUCUGCCAUCGUCCUCGUGCCCAAGGGCGCGUACGCUGCCGGCGCACCUGCCGUGAAGGCCGCCCAGAAGUUCAAUGCCGCUGUCGCGGAGACGUACUGGGAUGCGGCGAAGAAGGAGGUUGCGCUUGACGUCAAGGAGUUGGGACAGCUCAAGGGCAAGGGACCUACACAGGUGCUGAAGGCGCAGCCGGACGAUGUCGCGCUGGUGCUUCACACCAGCGGAACCACCUCCCGUCCCAAAGUUGUGAGUUUUUCUGAGCUUUCGAUGAAUAGUUCGAUCGAUGCUGAUAGUGAGCAGGUCCCUCUCACCCACCGCAACCUGACCAGAACGAUGAAAAACAUCGAAAACACAUAUCAGCUCACCUCCGCGGACCGCACGAUGCUCGUCAUGCCCCUCUUCCACGUCCACGGCCUCCUCUGCGGCCUCCUCGCCCCCCUGGCCACCGGCGGCUCCAUGGUCGUUCCCUCCAAGUUCUCCGCCACCGAAUUCUGGCAGGACUUCAUCGCCCACAAGGCCAACUGGUACACCGCCGUGCCCACCAUCCACCAGAUCCUCCUCAAGAACCCGACGCCCAACCCGCUCCCGCAGAUCCGCUUCAUCCGCUCCUGCUCCUCCCCGCUCUCCCCCACCGUCUUCGCCCAGCUCGAGGAGACGUACAAGGCCCCCGUCCUCGAGGCCUACGCCAUGACCGAGGCCGCGCACCAGAUGACCUCGAACCCGCUCCCGCCCGCCAAGCGCAAGCCCGGCACCGUCGGCCUCGGCCAGGGUGUCGACGUGCGCAUCCUCGACGACGAGGGCAACGAGCUCGAGCAGGGCAAGGAGGGCGAGAUCUGCAUCCGUGGCGAGAACGUCACCAAGGGGUACCUCAACAACGAGGCCGCCAACGCCUCGUCCUACACCAAGGGCGGCUUCUUCCGCACCGGCGACCAGGGCAAGAAGGACGAGGACGGCUACGUCGUCAUCACCGGCCGCAUCAAGGAGCUCAUCAACAAGGGCGGCGAGAAGAUCAGCCCCAUCGAGCUCGACAAUGUCCUCACGCGCCACCCGGCCGUGUCCGAGGCCGUCAGCUUCGCGAUCCCGGACGAGAUGUACGGCCAAGACAUUGGCGUCGCCAUCGUCCUGAAGCAGGGACAGCAGUUGAAGCAGGACGAGCUGAGGGGCUGGGUUGCGGAGAAGCUUGCCAAGUUCAAGGUUCCCAAGAAGAUUUACUUCACCGAGACGAUGCCCAAGACGGCCACCGGCAAGAUCCAGCGCCGCAUCGUUGCCGAGAAGAUGCUGUUGCAGGAGCAGCCCAAGGCCAAGUUGUAG